CGCAAUGAAGCCUGUUCGCUAAAGCCCAGUUGUCAGAUCACACACUGACUCGAUAUUUAGCGUGAUAUGCGUUUACCAAAAAUCGUUUUUUGACACUUGGAUAUGGCUAUGAUCGUUCAUAACGAUCUCAUACGGGUAUGUUGGUAAUUUCUCUGGCAUUUUCUCUAUGGUUUAUCGUACACUGUUUAGACAUUAUUAUUAGCAUACAGUUGCAUAUUGUAGUAACCCAAUGCUCGCGAAAUAUUGUAUAUAACCCGUAUUAUGUUAUGUUCGUCUGUUCACACGGCUAGUGAAAUGAAGUUGAGUUGUGAGACGCGAGACAAGCGCGUGUCACUGUCGUAUCGCUCCAUCAAUGACAUUGUAUAUGCGAUCUGUACUGUGUAAUCAAAAUUAUGCCUUUUUUUAUAUCGCAAAUAUUAAUUUCAGUAUCGCGAUUCUGAAAAGGCCGUUGUUUAGCGACAAGAUCUGCAAUGUGCAGUCCUGUAUGGGAUAUUUUAUUAUCGAGAACGAUCUCCGUCCAGCGUUUUUUUAAAGAUGCUUUGCGUUUUCGAUCAUUUUGAGGAACUGGAGAAAACUCGCGAGUUAAUCAUGUUGGACACAACAUCAUAACGCUCGAGCCCUGUUCACCAAUAACGUGUGCGCGGCGAGACCAGAGCCGAAGAAUUCUGGUGGCGCCUCAGAUAUGAAUGAUGAUGGAGGCGGAUAACGCGGAGAGCUGGUUUCCUCUGUCAGAAAACGGAACCACAAGUUUAAACGCAUCUAAUCUGGGUUUCCUAAACGCGUCGUCUCCGGUGGGUCUGUGGGGUGAUGUUCAGGAUAAAGAGGUGACACGACUGGAGGAGAUCCUGCACUGUGUUAAGAUGAUUUCAGUCACAUGCCAUGGUUCUAAGGAGGCUUUUUUCUACACGACAGCCGCUCACUCUGACAAUGAUACCUGGGACAAAAAAGACUAUAUUUUGUUUACACGGAUUACAGGCAAUACUGCAGUGCUGUGGUGCACUUGUUACACCAAUGUCUUCAAAUCAGUCACGAAUCUCUUCAUCAAGAACCUGGCAUGUUCUGGUAUUUGUGCUGGGUUGGUGUGUGUGCCCUUUGACAUAGCCUUGAGUGCCAGUCCCCUAUGCUGCCUAUGGGUCCAUACGCUCCUGCUGUGCAAAGCCAUCAAGUUCCUACACAGGCUUUUCUGCUCUGCCACUGUGCUCAGCUUUGCUGUCAUCGCCCUGGAUAGGUACUACUCAGCGUUGUAUCCUCUGGAGAGAAAGAUAUCAGAUGCCAAAUCCAGAGACCUGGUCAUCUAUAUCUGGGUGCAUGCGGUGGUGGCCAGCGCCCCUGUUUUUGCCGUAAGCAAUGUGACGGAUGUCUACGCCACCUCUUCCUGUUCUGACGGCCAAUCACUUGGACAUCUGGUUUACAUGAUCACAUACAGUAUCACCACACUCAUUUUACCACUAGCAGUGGUGUUUCUAGCCAUGGCACUAAUCCGCCGCGCACUAAGCACCAGCCAGAAGAAGAAAGUGAUCAUCGCGGCACUGCGCACCCCACAGAACAGCAUUUCCAUCCCGUAUGUGUCUCAGCGCGAGGCUGAACUUCAUGCCACUCUGUUGUCCAUCGUUCUAGUCUUCGCGCUGUGCAGCACUCCCUACGCAGCUCUGGUCAUAUACCGUUCAGUGCUGGGGGCUGCAAAAGCCUCGUCUUGGUUACAGCUGACUGCUGUGUGGCUGCCGAAGGUCUCUCUUCUCACCAACCCGCUAUUUCUCCUCACAGUAAACCGCUCUGUGCGGCGUUGUCUGCUUGAUAUGCUAGCACGCCUGCAUCGGCGCUAUAGCCGAAGGAACAUGGUCAGCAUUGGGGGUCUGGCUGAAGUAGGGCCACUAGGGGGCGAGACUGUGGUUCGCUCUGGUAGUCAACUCCUGGAGAUGUUCAAUAUCGGCCAACAACAGAUCUUCAGACCAAACGAGGAUGAAGAAGUUGAGAAUGAAAUUUUCUCUGUGGCCUCCACCAACUUUCAACCCAAAGAUGAAGGACAGGGUAGAAAUGGAGGGGUGGCAAGGGAGCUGCAUCAGCCGCAGUCAGGGGAUGCGGUAAAAGAAGAGGGCUUAGUGUUACCAAAACAUUCUCCUAUUCAGUCUUGUGCCUACUCCUCUUCACAGGUCGCCCCUGCGACUCCCACAGACCCUGAGGAUGCAACACAGUUUGGUUUUGGGCCGUUUGAGUUGCCGCCACAAUGGCUGCCUGAAACCAGGAACAGUAAGAAAAGACUCCUUCCUCCUUUGGGAAACACACCAGAAGAGUUGAUCCAGACCAAGCAGCCCAGAGUUCGGCCCGAGAGACGCAUCAGUAGAAACAAUAAAGUUAGUACCUUCCCCAAUGUGGAUCCAUGAAACACAGAGGGCAGUGGACCAAAUCAUAAAAAGCCAAGAAGAAAGAUUGUUUGUGUUUUAUAUCUAAAGUUAUUUUGAGAUGAUUUUUCUAUGAGAUGAGUGCAGAACAAUGAAGGACAUGGAGAGUAUACGUUUACAGUAGAAAGUAGGAGGAGUUUACAUGCUCGCUUGCUGUCUAUUUGGACGAUUUAAUAGACAUCCCUUCAUCUCCAUGUACUGACAGAACAGGAAAUUGAUCUUUCACAGGAAAUUCAAGAAAAAAACAUAAGGUAGGCAUGGAUUGUAUGACAUUUGUUUUGUUGGAAUGGUCAAUAAAAUU